AUGGCGGCGCCUUGGCAAGACGCGGCACCGCUCCAGCUCCACACCGUGGAAGUGGACCAGCCCCUCGCCGCCGUCAACCGCCUCCUCGCCGGCCUCCACCUCGCGCUCGCCGCCGCAGCCAUCGCCCGCCGCGGCGCCCACGACAUCAUGCUGGCGGCGGACCUGGUGCUCCUCUUCCUCUGGCUGCUGUCGCAGGCGCCCAUGCUGCGCCCCGUCUCCCGCGCCGCCUUCCCUGGCAGGCUCUCGCGCCCGGCGCUCCCGGCCGUGGACGUGAUGGUGGUCACGGCCGACCCGGACAAGGAGCCCGCGGUGAAGGUGAUGAACACGGUGGUCUCCGCCAUGGCGCUCGACUACCCGGGCGGGCGGCUCGCCGUGUACCUCUCCGACGACGCAGGGUCGCCGCUCACCCUGCUCGCGGCCAGGAGGGCGUACGCCUUCGCCAGGGCAUGGGUGCCCUUCUGCCGGAAGUACACGGUGCAGUGCCCGUGCCCCGAGAAGUUCUUCUCCGGCAACGACGACCAGAUUGGCGGUGGUGAUCGCCACGACGAGCUCGCCGACGACAGGAUAAGAGUCAAGAAUAUGUAUGACAAAUUUAAAGAGGGUGUGGAGGAGGCCAUGAACGACGCAGCUCUUUCUCAAACUUGGACUGAAGCAGCGCGUCAGGAUCAUGAUGCUUACGUCGAGAUCAUAGCCGAUGAACCGGGCGGCAGCAACAGUGAUUCCGACGGCUUUGACGGCGAGGACGCCAUGCCGUCGCUGGUGUAUGUGUCUCGCGAGAAGCGGCCGGCCUGGCCUCACCACUUCAAAGCCGGCGCACUCAACGCCCUCCUCCGGGUGUCGAGCCUGACGAGCAACGCGCCGUACGUGCUGGUGCUGGACUGCGACAUGUACUGCAACACCCGGAGCUCCGUCCUGGAGGCCAUGUGCUUCCACCUCGACCGCCGUGGCCGCCAUGCCGACGACCUCGCCUUCGUGCAGUUCCCUCAGAUGUUCCACAACGUUAGCGGCAACGACAUCUACGCCAAUGAGCUCAGAUCAAUCUUCUCGACGCGGUGGAAAGGCUUGGACGGCCUCCGUGGCCCGAUCCUCUCCGGUACCGGCUUCUGCGUCAAGAGAGACGCCGUCUACGGUGCCCAGCCGGCCAGCUCACAAGAUCAGUUCUCGUCUAUGGAGGUAGGCGAGCUGAAGGCAAGGUUCGGCCACUCCAAUGGUCACCUAGCGUCGCUGCGUCGAUCAUGGAGCGCGAUUGCACGUGAUGCUCUCCCAGAAGAUGCAACGUUUGUGGCAUCCUGUGCCUACGAGACGGGCACCAAAUGGGGCGAGGAGGUUGGUUUCUUGUACCAGUCGGUGGUGGAGGACUACUUCACCGGCUACCGGCAACUCUACUGUCGAGGGUGGACUUCCGUCUACUGCUACCCGGCGCCCUCGAGGCCUGCGCCGUUCCUCGGCAGCGUGCCUACGAACCUCAACGACGUGCUGGUGCAGAACAAGCGGUGGAUGUCCGGCAUGCUCGCCGUCGGCCUCUCCAGGCACUGCCCCCUCGCCUCCGCCCUGGCAGUCUCCAUGCCCCAGAGCAUGGGCUUCGCCUACUACGCCUUCAUGGCCUUGUACGCCUUCCCGGUGCUCUGCUAUGCCACAGUGCCGCAGCUCCGCUUUUUCUGCGGCACCACAUCGUUCCCCGAGGCCUCGAGCCUCUGGUUCGCCGCCGUGUUUGUGUCGUCGUUGCUGCAGCACCUGGUCGAGGUGUCGGUCGCCAAGCGUCGGCUGGCGGUCAGGACGUGGUGGAACGAGCAGAGGUUCUGGGCGCUCAACGCCGUCACGGGCCAGCUCUUCGCCUGCCUCAGCGUUGCCCUGGACCUGGUCGGCGCAGGAGGGCAGGCGGUGGACUUCGACCUCACGAGCAAGGCGUCCGACGACGGCGGGCUGUACCGGGACGGUGUGUUCGAUUUCUCCGGAUGCUCGACGGUGCUCCUGCCGGCCACCACGCUCUGUCUGCUCAACGACGCAGCCCUCGUCGGGGGUAUCUGGAAGAUGGUGAUCAGCGGCGGCUGGGGCGACGUGUCUGGCGAGCUGUUCCUCCUAUGCUACAUCGCGGCAAUGAGCUACCCGCUGCUACAAGGGAUGUUUCUCCGGCGGGAUCCUGCACGAGUUCCCGCGUGGAUCACGGCGAUGUCCGUCGGCAUUGCUGCAACUCUGCUUUCCUUGUUUGGUUAAGCCGGUCUCUUUCAAAGACAAUGGUGUUCUGUGCCAGGUCAUUUCUGAAUCAUUGAUUAUAUAUGUUCUCCAAGCUCACGUACUUUUGAUAA